GGGAAGGCGAGGUCGGAGGGAGAUUGCUCGCAGUGAGAGAAAGGGGCUCCCCGUCGUGUCCCCGUGGAGUGUCAUGUGGACGAGCAACAUCCCUAGCAUCUCUCUCAUGAUGGCUUUCCCUUCCCCAGCUUGGCCUUCCCAGAAUUCUGCUUUUCCCCCAAAGGAGCAGGAGGAGAAAAUGACCAAGUUCCAGGAGGCGGUGACAUUCAAGGACGUGGCUGUGGUCUUCACGGAGGAGGAGCUGGGGCUGCUGGACUCCGCCCAGAGGAAGCUGUACCGAGACGUGAUGCUGGAGAACUUCAGGAACCUGCUGUCCCUGGGGCAUCCGUCCUCCAAACCAGAUGUGAUAUCUCAGCUGGAGAGGGAAGAAAAGCUCUGGAUGAUGGAGAUCCAGACCCAAAGAGGAGGCAGCAGUGAAAAUGAGAUGGACACUCUUCAUGAAGCCAGAGUAAGGUGCCUUUCAUUGGGAGAGCUUUCAUGCUGGCAAAUCAAGAAACAUGUUGUGAGUAAAUUAACCAGAAGUCAAGACUCCAUGAUACAUAUUCAAGAAAAGAGUUCUCAACUCUGUAAAGAACACAAUUCCCCCUAUCAGGUGGGAACCGGAAUAUCCAUUCAGGCUCAUGUGGAAGACAGCUGUAUACUGAAUCUCCUAGAGGGUCAUUCCAGUAUUAAUGAAAAGCAAGACUUUCCAGCUGGGAGAGGCCAGAAUCCCUGGAGUAAAAUAUAUCUGAACGAGACACAGAAUUACCAGAGAAGUUGUAAGCAGACACCAGUGAAAAACAAAUUAUGUAUAUUUGCUCCAUGUGUUAACAUUUUCAGUUGUAUUUCACACCAUCAUGAUGAUCCAGUCCGCACAAGAGAUGAAGCUCACAGCAACAAGGGCUGUGGUGUAGACAUGUCCAAGGUGUCGCCUCUUGCCCAGCUCAGUAUAAUCCACACAGGACAGAAAACCUACCAGUGUAACGAAUGUGAAAAGGCAUUCAGUGACUGCGCCAGUCUUCAAGUUCAUCAGCAGGUACACUUGGGAAAGCAGUCCCUUACAUACAGUACAAGUGAGAAGGAUACCAUCCCUGUUCAAUCAAAUGUUCGUGCAGGAAAAAAACGCUAUUGGUGUCAUGAGUGUGGCAAGGGUUUCAGUCAGAGCUCAAACCUGCAGACUCAUCAGAGAGUCCACACAGGGGAGAAACCCUAUUCGUGCCAUGAGUGUGGUAAGAGCUUUAAUCAGACCUCACAUCUUUAUGCUCACUUGCCUAUUCACACAGGAGAGAAGCCCUACAGAUGUGAAAGUUGUGGGAAGGGCUUCAGUCGUAGCACAGAUCUUAAUAUUCAUUGCAGAGUCCACACUGGAGAGAAACCUUACAAAUGUGAGAUAUGUGGAAAGGGCUUCACUCAAAGAUCCCACCUUCAGGCCCACGAAAGAAUUCACACUGGAGAGAAACCAUACAAAUGUGCAGAUUGUGGCAAACGCUUUAGUUGUAGCUCAAAUCUUCAUACCCACCAGAGAGUCCACACUGAAGAGAAACCAUACAAAUGUGACGAGUGUGGUAAGUGCUUUAGUUUGAGUUUUAAUCUUCAUAGUCAUCAACGAGUCCACACGGGAGAAAAACCAUAUAAAUGUGAAGAGUGUGGGAAGGGUUUUAGUUCAGCUUCAAGUUUCCAGAGCCAUCAGAGGGUUCACACAGGAGAGAAACCAUUUCGAUGUAAUGUGUGUGGGAAGGGCUUCAGUCAGAGUUCAUAUUUUCAAGCCCAUCAGAGAGUCCACACUGGAGAAAAACCAUACAAAUGUGAGGUGUGUGGGAAGCGCUUCAAUUGGAGCUUGAACCUUCACAAUCAUCAGCGAGUCCACACGGGAGAGAAACCCUAUAAAUGUGAAGAGUGUGGGAAGGGUUUCAGUCAGGCCUCAAAUCUUCAAGCUCAUCAGAGUGUCCACACUGGGGAAAAACCAUUCAAAUGUGAUGCGUGUCAGAAGCGAUUCAGUCAGGCCUCACAUCUCCAAGCCCAUCAGCGGGUCCACACUGGAGAGAAACCUUUCAAAUGUGAUACCUGUGGUAAGGCCUUCAGCCAGAGGUCAAAUCUUCAAGUCCAUCAGAUAAUUCACACCGGUGAGAAACCAUUUAAAUGUGAGGAGUGUGGGAAAGAAUUCAGUUGGAGUGCUGGGCUCAGUGCCCAUCAGAGGGUCCACACGGGCGAGAAACCCUAUACAUGUCAGCAGUGUGGGAAGGGCUUCAGUCAGGCCUCACAUUUUCACACACAUCAGAGGGUCCACACUGGAGAGAGACCUUACAUAUGUGAUGUGUGUUGUAAGGGCUUCAGCCAGAGAUCACACCUUGUGUAUCACCAGAGAAUCCACACUGGAGGGAAUCUAUAGAAAUGUGAGGUGUGAUGUAGCCUUCAGUUAAGAGUUCACAUCUUUGUCUCCAUUGGAAAGUCUAUGCUGGUUUGUGGAAAGUUCCUUCAGCACUCAGAAGCUUUAAGGAAUCAUCACAGGAAAGAAGCUCUACGAAAUGCGGUUUUAAGGACUCAGGUGGGAGGUGAAUUCUUUAUAAACAUCAGAUUUCACAUGUGACAGAAAACUGGUUUUAUAAAUAUGGUCGGUGGUUAUACCAGAGUUUUGAAUGUCUUAAUUCUCAAGAUGAAUACUAUCGAAGACUCUUAAAUUUCAUUGGAGUCUACCCAGAAGAAAGGGCUUAUAAAAGCUUACGGAUAGGACUUUAACAAAAGUAUAAAGAUGGAUAAACAAUAUUGAUGUCAAUUACAGUGUAACCUCCACGUAGGUAGGGGUAUUUUGUCACCACUGUCUCUCUACCUUGUAGAACUGCUUGACUGGUAGUGGGUGCCCAGCAAUUACUAAACAAAGUGGAGAAAAAUCCUAUAAUUAGGACAAGUAUUUAAAAAUUCUAGUCAAUUCCCUACCUUAAAUUCAUAACAGCAUACUCAAAAGGACUCCUGCAAAUAGCCUUAAGAUUUGUUUCAGGAAAUACUGAACUACAGAAAAGUCAUGUAAUUCUGCCAUCCACAAUAGUAGAAAUUUGGACAAGAUUUGUGAAUGGCUCCCAUCCCCCAGCGAGCCUCAGUGUGUACAGUGUAAUAUUUAGCCAAUCAUUAGCUUGUAUUUUAUAGGCUGAAAUGUACUGUUUUUUUAUUAAUCCAAUGACUGAAUUUGUAAGAUUGGAAAUUUUGAACCUUAAUUAAGGUAGGGUUUUACUGUAAUUGUUUCAAAGUGUUAAAAGUGGUUACUAAUGACAAAAUUUCAGUAAACUUGAAU